AUGGUUCUCGAGGCUUACACUUACGUCUUUGCCAUUGGCAGUUGCUUUGCUCUGCUUGAGGCCUACAACAACGGUGCCAACGAUGUCGCCAACGCCUGGGCUACCAGCGUGUCAUCGCGCUCCGUCACCUACCGAGGAGCCAUGGUGCUCUGCUGUGUCUUCGAACUUCUCGGCGCCCUAGCCGUCGGAGCCCGAACCGCCUCGACCAUCAAGAACGGCAUCAUCCCCAUGGAAGCCUUCCGCGACAACGCCGGAGUCCAGCUCCUCGCCUUCGCCUGCGCCUCGGCCGGUGCCUCUACCUGGGUCAUGUGGUGCACCAAGCACAACGCCCACGUCUCGUCGACCUACUCUCUCAUCUCUUCGCUCGCCGGUGUCGGUAUCGCUACUGUUGGUGCUAGCAAGGUCGAAUGGGGCUGGAACGGUGGUCAGGGUCUCGGUGCCAUCUUUGCUGGUCUCGGUAUGGCUCCCACCAUUGCUGGUAUCUUCGGUGCAGUCAUCUUCUCGCUUGUGAAGUAUGUCGUCCACGUCCGCAAGAACCCCGUUCCUUGGGCUGUCUGGACCUCUCCCUUCUUCUUCCUCAUCGCCGGCACCAUCUGCACUCUCUCCAUCGUCUACAAGGGAUCUCCCCGUCUGGGUCUCGCUGAGAAGCCUGCUUGGUACAUCGCCUCCGUCACCCUCGGAGUCGGAUUCGGUCUCUUCUUCCUCUCUGCUCUCUUCUUCGUUCCCUUCGUCCACGCUGUCGUCAUCAAGAAGGAUUACACUCUCCGCUGGUGGGACGCCAUUCAGGGUCCUCUCCUGUUCAAGCGCCCUUCUCCUCCCGAUGCUGAGAACGCCCGUGUCCCCAACUACGCUGUCCUCCAGCACGGCCCCGAGGACGACACCGUCUCCCAAGAGACCGAGGAGCACAACCCCAAGAAGAUCGGUAGCGACGAGAUCACCCCCGCCACUGCUGCUAGCUCCGAGAACAACGAGAAGCGACACCUCAACCUCUCCGAGUCCACCCAGGAGGAUUACCAGCGAAUGGUCCGCGAUGCUGAGGAGAUUCACCACGCCAACCUCCGCAAGGGCAAGGGACCUCUCGGCUGGGCCAUGCGCACUCUUCACGCCAACCCCAUCGGUGCCGGUUCCAUCCACGAGACUCACAACCUGAUCGCCAUCGUCAAGCGUAUCCCUGCCCAGAUCGUCUGCGCUGCUCUCUACGGUGCUCACUACGACAUCCACACUGCUCAGAUGGGUAUUGAGGCCACUCCCGAGGGUCGUCGCAUGGCUAUUGUCUACGAGCACGCUCCCAAGUACCCCAACGAGGUCGAGUACCUCUACUCCUUCGUCCAAGUCAUCACUGCCUGCACUGCUUCUUUCGCUCACGGUGCCAACGAUGUCGGUAACGCUGUCGGUGUCUGGGCUGGUAUGUACGCUGCCUGGUCCACCAGCCGCCCUGCCGAGAAGAAGGCUGAGGUCCCUCUCUGGCAAAUUGGUGUUGUCGCUGCCACUAUCUGCAUCGGUUUCAUCACCUACGGUUACAACAUCAUGAAGGUUAUGGGUAACAAGAUCACCUACCACUCUCCUAGCCGUGGUUCCUCCAUGGAGAUGGGUGCUGCCAUUACCGUCCUUGUCUUCUCUCAGUACAAGCUCCCUGUCUCUACCUCCAUGUGUAUCACUGGUGCCACCGUUGGUGUCGGUCUUUGCAACGGCAGCAUCAAGGCUGUCAACUGGAAGCGAGUCUUCCUCCUCGUUUUCUCCUGGAUCAUGACCAUUCCCAUCGCCGGUCUUAUCGGUGGAUGUCUUAUGGCUCUUGCCCUUAACGCCCCUCACUUUUAA